ACUGGGAAGGUCCUGCGAAGGAGCCACAGUGCUCUCCGUAAGACAGAGACGUGUCGCAACGAGCAUGGACGAGUUGGAAGACAGUGCGUUCACGCCGGUGUCAGAAAUCGAAAACUUAUUCUUAUUUUUCAUAGAGCUAUCCCGCCAACAUAACAGCAAUAGUGAUAUUAAAGUGGAGGAUCAAAACAUGAUGGAUUGAGGUAUUUGUUUAACACAGUCUCAAAAUAAUUUACAAAUUUAUCACAUUAUGAAACUAAAAUAUACCAUCUGAAAUGGAUUAUGAAAACAUUCGACAACAAAACAGGGAAAUAAUUGCUCUAGACAGUGAUUGCGAUUUGCGUGGAUAUAUAUUCCAUAAUAACCUCCUUUAUAUUUAAUUUUAUAUUGGAAAUAGCGAAGAAAAUAGUGAGGACGUACUAAAUAUUGAACAGAAAUAAGUGUUAUUACUGAGUAUGAUUUAGGACACGAAAUAAUUUAUCAAUAUGUAUUCAGUAUAUAUUACAAAAAACAUUCAUGUAUGUGACGUUAGGACAAUAUAUGAAGUCGUUUGAAGAAGUUCCAUAAAGAAUUUUACAGUUCAGUGCCACUAAGACGAAUAGUUCCAGAUAUAAAAACUAGAAAAUAUAUAUUACCGUCACCUGCAAAGAAAAUGCCGGAAAUGUCAUAGUUAAAUAAUCCAUAAACAAAGAUAAUACGGCGUUAAUCAUGACUGAAGUGCAUUAAUUGGCGUUGUAAGAUCUACAAUUGGUGUUCAUAUUUUCAUGGCUUAUAUUUUCGAGAAAUAAAAAGACUUUUAAUUACAAGAAAAGUGCAAUGAUGUGAUGAUCCGGAAACUGGCGGGGUCAAACAUCAGCUGCUGUGUUUCGUCAAUAAGCAGGAAAUACGUCAUCGAAAGAAGAAGAAGGAAACAGAAAAACAAAAAGGAAAAGUCAGUGAGGCAGCAGGAAUGGCCACCCUCGGCCUAUCCAAAGUGUUCAUACUGGACAAGUACUUCACUGAAUUACAAAAAUUCUGGGAGACAGAAAAGAGACUACAAGAUGCGUCGUCGUCGAAUGAAGCUGUGCAUCUUCAACAGCGCCUGCGCAGUCUGAGUACGGAGCUCGUAACCCUACGGAAUCGCCUUCACGUGAACCAACCAGCAGCCACCGUUCCCCCACCCCCGCACGCAGCCACCAAUAAUAACAGCAACAAUAACAACAAUAGCAAUCACCAUAACAACAAUAUUCACAGUGCCGCGACCUGUACUGUGACAACCAAUCAGCAGCCGGUAAUCCCUCCUCGUCACAGCAAUCUCCCCACUAUACCUCAGCAUAUCAACACCGUGGAACCUUUCAUCGCUACAACUGGCAAGUGCCACCAGCAGCGGACUACCUCGGACAAGAAGACCACCACGUCACUAGCUCAGCAGCAUCACCACACACAUCCUCAGCAGCCGCCACUGCCCACACUGGUGCCGCCACCGGAAGAUCUGCAGCCAACUCAGCAGCAAGGGACAGUGGCAAUGCGGCCCGUGGGCUGCGCAGAGCUGGAGGACCUGAUACACCUCGCAGGUCCCCUCACUGAGGAUGCCGUUCUCAAGUGCCUGCAGGCCAGGUUCUGCGCUUCGCAGUUCUUUACAAACGUAGGCCCCAUCUUGCUGUCAGUGAACCCAUACAGCGAUGUGGGCAACCCACUGACUCUGACAAGUACACGAGGUGUUGUGCUAAGCCCUAAACUGCUCAGGGUUGUACAGGAAGCAGUGAGACAGCAAUCAGAGACAGGGUACCCACAAGCCAUAAUACUCUCAGGGACAAGUGGAUCAGGCAAGACAUAUGCAUCCAUGCUUCUGUUACGUCAGUUAUUUGACGUGGCAGGUGGUGGCCCAGAAACUGAUGCCUUCAAACAUCUUGCUGCUGCAUUCACAGUUCUCCGUUCCCUCGGAUCUGCCAAGACAGUGUCAAACUCUGAAUCUAGUCGAAUAGGACACUUCAUUGAGGUGCAGGUGACAGAUGGAGCGCUCUACAGGACCAAGAUUCACUGUUACUUCUUGGAUCAAACACGAGUUAUUAGGCCACUCCCCAAUGAAAAAAACUACCACAUUUUCUACCAGAUGCUGGCUGGGCUCACACAAGAAGAGCGAGCAAAGCUGAGUCUGGAAGGCUAUUCCCCACACAAUCUGCGUUACUUACAAUGUGGAGACACUCGACAAGAUGAGGCAGAAGAUGCAGCUAGGUUCCAGGCAUGGAAAGCAUGCUUAGGUGUGCUAGGUAUCCCAUUCCUUGAUGUUGUGCGUGUACUGGCAGCUGUUUUGCUGCUUGGCAAUGUGCAGUUUGUGGAUGGACAGGCUCUUGAAGUGGAUGUGAAGGGUGAUACAGAACUUAAAGCAGUGGCAAGCCUGCUUGGAGUGUCUGGAGUUGCUCUCUUCCGUGGCCUCACUUCACGUACACACAAUGCACGGGGUCAACUUGUCAAAUCCAUCUGUGAUGCUAAUAUGUCAAAUAUGACUCGUGAUUCUCUAGCUAAAGCACUCUAUUGUCGAACUGUGGCUACGAUUGUCCGCAGGGCAAACAGUCUCAAGCGUCUUGGGUCCACGCUUGGGACACUGAGUUCUGAUUCUAAUGAGUCUGUCCACAACCAGGCUGAGAUUGCCAGUCAGCAUGCUUCCACUGUUGGGACAGCUGGUUCCAAGUCAAGCAAGUCCAUGGCAGCCCUCAACAAUGCUGUACGCCAUGCUACAGAUGGUUUCAUUGGUAUCCUUGAUAUGUUUGGUUUCGAGGACCCUAAACCCAGUCAGUUGGAGCACCUCUGCAUCAACCUCUGUGCUGAGACAAUGCAGCAUUUCUACAACACACAUAUUUUCAAGUCAAGCAUUGAGUCAUGUCGAGACGAAGGAAUUCACUGUGAGGUAGAAGUGGAUUACGUGGACAACGUGCCCUGUAUUGACCUCAUCUCCUCUCUGCGCACAGGUCUGCUGAGUAUGCUUGACGUGGAGUGCUCCAUUCGUGGCACAGCUGAGUCAUACAUUGCCAAAGUCAAAGUCCAACACAAGCAGAAUCCACGGCUCUUUGAACCCAAAACACUGGAGCCUCGUACAUUCGGUAUCCAGCAUUUUGCUGGACGGGUUGUUUAUGAUGCAUCUGACUUUCUGGACACAAACAAAGAUGUAGUACCAGACGAUCUGGUAGCUGUGUUUCACAAACACAGCUGCAAUUUUGGUUUUGCAACGCACUUGUUUGGCAGCGAACUGAAAGCACUUUAUUCAGUCGAGACUGUUCCUCGAGGAGUCAGCUUCAGAAUAUCCCCCACUUCUCACACAGAUCUGCUGAAUGGUGAUGAACCAGUGUCCACGCUCACACAAGACUUCCACACAAGACUGGACAACUUGCUGAGAACGCUGGUCCAUGCACGCCCUCAUUUUGUCCGCUGUCUCCGUAGCAAUGCCAGUGAGACACCUGGACGCUUCGAUCGUGCAACUGUCAUGCGGCAGAUUCGUUCCCUACAAGUUUUAGAAACUGUCAACCUCAUGGCUGGAGGUUACCCUCAUCGGAUGCGCUUCAAGGCAUUCAACUUGCGCUACCGCUUGUUGGCUCCAUUCAGGAAACUGCGCCGUGCCGAUGACAAGGCUAUGGAUGACUGCCACCUCAUACUGCAGUGCCUGCAGCAGGCCAUGGAAGAACAGCCUAAACUGCGACAGUGUGCUGUCAGCAACAGCUGGGCUCUUGGGAAGCGACAUAUCUUCCUCAGUGAAGGAGCUCGUCAACAACUGGAGACGCUGCGUAGUGGAACUCGACAUAGAGCAGCCAUACUGAUACAAGCAACAUGGCGAGGAUGGCGCUUGAGGCGACGAUGGCCAACACUACGCCGCAGCCUGGAACUACAGCAACAAACAACAGUGUCAGCUACUGGAACUCUACCCAGUGUUGCCAACACAAGUGUAGCAGUCGUUUCCGUGCAGCAGGCCCGGGCAGCGGCAGCGGCAGCGGCAGCAGCAGCAGCACACGGGACAGGCACCGGUACUACUGGGGCAGCCACAGCAGGAACAUCUUCCACUCGGCCACGCCCACAGCCCAUUGCUGGCACGCCCCCUCCAGAUCCAGCAGAAAAAUGUGACCACAAAAUGAUUCAGCAAACAUGCACACUCUUUGGAUUGGAUUUGGAACGUCCACCACCAGUGCCUCCAAGCCGCCCCUACACUGUAACAGGCAACACCAAGCUGGGUUACCCUCAAACCAGGGUCAUGAAAAUGCCUUUCCCAGAAGAUGCAAGUGGAGAGGUGGUUCUGCUUAAGGGUGAGACAGUUCUUGUGGUUGGUGCAUCACAGCGCCGUGGCCACCUAGUGGUGGAACACAACAACGUUAGUCUUCAUGUUCCAUUCCAGUUUCUGGAACUGAAACCAGUUGGAGUCAAUAUAUAGCAGCAAACGUGCAUAAUAUGGAACCAAGCUGUGGAGUGAACUGACACUAACUGAGCACUGCUGACAACUCUGAUGUAUUCAUUACCUUCAACCUGUCAUGACUGAUGCAUGUUAACCUCUUUGCUACAUCAGUUAAGUGCUGUGGUAAUUUCCCAUCUGCUGAAUCACUUCAUCCACUGUUUCACAUGUUACCUAUAAAUAUUUUGAUUCACUAUCAUUGUCCAUAAACUAUCAGUAAAAUUACAUUUUAGCGUUUUGUGGAACCAUCAACACAUCUUUUGUGGCAGUUGAUGAAUGCAUAAAAAGGUAAGAUACAGUUUUCCUGAGAGUGUAAUAUAAAACAUAACAGGAUCCAAAAAUUAUAAGAUUAUCCCUAAAACUGGCUUCCAAGUUGUGUUCCUUUAGGGGAUUCUAAAAUACCUUCACAUAGAAGAAAUUGCAUAUGUUUCAAGGAUACCAUGAUGUUAUUGUUGAAAAUAGAUGGUACUGCAGUACUUGUUUCUAGAACACACACUGACUUAUAGUUCAGAUUACUUCCAAAAGAUGUCAGAAACUUACAGACAAAUUUGGCUAUGGAUUCACUAUUAUAUCAGAACACGUUUGUGGACUAACUGGCCAAGUGCUGAACUUUUUUCAAAACUAACAUCAUCCUGGUUGCCAGCCUAGACCUAACAAGACAUUUAAAAUCCCAUAUUCCCAAUGAUAACGGUUAAUCAUAUAAAUUUAAUUUCUUAUUUGUGAAACUUCCUUCUUUAAGUAAAAUAGUAAUGCCCUUAUGAGAACUGAGUUAAGCACCCAUGUAUCAUAGUCAAUAAAUUGUACAUAUUACCUCAAAUUUGACUGCCCAAAAGCCUAUGCUCUGACAUGGUACAAAACUGGCAGCUCAGAUUUACUCUGAUGGCUUGGUAUAUUUCCAAUCAAAUAAGGAUGGUUUAUGUUACCUCCAUUUUAUUUUUAUGCUGUAUGUUAUUUGGACAAAAUGGAUAUGAAUGGAUUCUUCAUGAAAUACAUAUAUCCCUGCAGAACAUAGUGUGUUCAUUUUCUUGAAGAAUGAAGAUAUACUAUCACAGAUGUUUACAAGUAUUAUUUUUAAGGCAAUGAUAGCUCAUGACUUAGUGUUAAAAAGACAGCUGAAAUGAUUACUUACAUACUAUUUGAUAUCUCUUCAAAAUAAAACCACAGUAAUCAUGGAUAUAUUAUUGUGUGGAACUAAAUGAAAAUAAAUAUGGGUUUCAAGUGAGGUUCUGCAUGGAAUCACAGAAAUGCUCUGAUGUGUGAGAACUGUGCAUGUGUGUGAAAUGAAUUAUGAAGAGAUGUGAACGCAUUGUGGACCUGUGUGCAACUGUAGACACUCAUAUGUGAGACAUGGUUGAGAGAAGUGAAGCUGUGCAGUGCAGUGCAGUACACUAUCAAUGCAAAUUGUUUAUUUUGGUAUAAAAAUGAAUUCUCUAUGUGCCAACACUGUCAACUAUAAAUAACUAAUAUUACAAAAAAAAAAAUACAUUUAUAAUUUUCCAAUUUGGAAUAUUUUAAAGCAAUGGGAUAAGUAGUAUUAUUGUGAUGUGUUGUUAUUUGUAACUGAAGUUAGGUGAUUUAAAUUUUUUAUUACAUUUAAAGUACACAACUUUUAAAUGUAAGAGGUUUUUAUAAUUACUCCACAUUGAUAGCUAAAAUUUCAUUUACUAAUCACAGUUUUGGAAACUCCAAGCCCAUGUUCUGUAUUAACACAAGUUAUCAAAUGUCAGUUUGAGCCAGCUUCUUUCUCACAUAAAAUCACUUCAAUAAAACAAAAUUAUUGGAGAUGGUGACUGUCAAAUUAAAACUAAAAAAGUCAUGGUAAAAUGUCAAGUAUUGUAGAAAAAGGAAUAUAGGAAAUGGGUUACAGCUGUUUCUCAGCUGGUGUGCUGCAACUUUUGAAUUUGAAUGAUUUCUACAAAUUUAACAAUAAUUCAUUAACUGCAGUAGCAGCGGUAUGGAUCGUGCUCAUACCGUUUUAUCAUCUCACUGACUUGUGCUUGCAGUUCCUGGGUGAACUUCUCCUGCCUCAGUAUUUUUAUAUUGCAGUAAUAUCUCAGCAUACAAAGUUUCAGUACAGUAAACUUUGGACUCAUUACCAAUAUUUUACACAAAAAGGUAAAUACAUAUGCCAUUUUGCAAUAUACAGUUAUACUGUUAAUUCAUUAAAAAUUUGAGUGGCAUCCAUGUCAUAAAAUAAUGGACUGUCUUAACAAAUGAAAUGAUUAAUUUCAUUUAGUCACGUAACAGACAGCAGGUAAACAUGCCAACAAGAGGGAUCAUACAAAUGACAUCAGCUGUGUCAUUCUUAGUUGAAAGCAGAAGGCUAAACAGACCACACUUCAAAACAUCUUCUAAAAUCAAUAUUCCUCUUCACCAAUUGAGAAGGAACAGCUUCAAUCUUAAUCAUCAUUGGAUAUCUGAUCUCUCCUCACAACUAGUUCAACAUCUCUUCUGCUAUCAUAAAACAAAAACUUCACUGUACAGGAUCAUCAACAGGUAGCAUUCCUGUGCAGAAAAUUCUGCACUGCAAUUUUUGUAGUUACUUAUACUACCCAUCAAAUAUGACAGGGGAUAAUCAUUUCUGUCUUCCAUUCCUAUGUCUCUUUCAUAUUUUUAUCUCCUUCCCUUCUUUCUCUUGUAUUUCUUUUUCAUCUCUUGCCCAUCCUAUGAUCAUUGCCUUCCUACCUCUCCUUCCAGUUACAACAAUUCCUCCAUGUCUGUUCUUCCAUCUUUUCUCCUGUAUUCCCUUCCUUCCCACGAGUUCAUCUUAUUGCCGUUCUCCCUCUUCCAUAUCAAGCAAUGGUAAAGGAUUCUUUGGAUUUGUGGUCGUGACCCCAUUGCCUUUCUUCUGAAGGAAGUAAUAGGAGAAAUAACUCAGUUUGCACUUGAGCCUAUGCUUGCAGUGGCAAAUUAAGUUUGCCCAGGAUUCUCUCCAGGCGGAACAUCUCUUGGCUUUAUAGAAUUUUUCCAUGACACUCUAUCAUUUGGUUUUAAAUACAUCAACAUCCUCAAAAAUAACAUUAGCAACCAAGAUGUAUUUAGCAACAGGACAAUUUUUAGUUAAAAAGUGGGAAUUAAACAUAUGCAAGUCCCUUAAUAUACUGAGUAGGAACUCUAAGCAGUUCCCAAAACAAAAGGACAAAUUUGGAACCAAGGUAAACUUGAAUAUGUAACAGUGCAGGAUGGUGGUUGUGGUGGUGAUGAUGAUGAUGAUGAUGAUGAUAAUGUAAUUUAUUGAGGAUGAAACAUUAUUCAAGAAAACAUGUUUUGUUUGCAAUAGGAACGAUAAGUAAAUUCAUAAAGUUUUUAUGGUGGAAAAUGUUAAGUUAUGAAGGCCAAGAAUACAUUCUCUUUGUAUAUUGACAUAUUACUGUAAUUGACAUUCCUUACGUGAUAAUCAUUUUUAAUCAUAAUAUUUUAUUUGCCUGUGACUCUUGCCAUUUGCUCUCUCUUUCAAAGAUGUUGGUGUUACAUUUUUUCUGUGACUUUUAACAAACAUCAGAAGAAGUUUUGUGUUGUUAAAUGAGAAUUGUAAUGAAGCAGGAAGAACAAAUUAAACAUACUUUAUAUAUGCACAUGUACAUAUAUAUAUAUAUAUACAUAUAUCACGUAUAUGUAUGUGUGUAUAACACUACAAAAUACAUAAUUUUAUGUGCCAUGAGAUACUGAAGUAUAUUUUACUUUACUGCCAUAUGGAAGAUGGUAAGAGGGUGAGCAACAAAAUAGAUAAAAAUUGAAGAACAGUGACUGUAGAAAAGAUAAUUAUGAACAUUAUUAUUCCCAACCAUGUUUCUCUGUGUAACAGUGAUUUGAAAUUGAAGUUCUUGUAGUGGUGAUAGAUGACUGCUGUCUUCUGAAAUGUGAUGAAUGUAUUCUGACAGAUGUUUCGGAGGAUUGUGCUACGCUUCCCUUCGGGGACUCUUCUACCCUGAAGAGAGACACUAAGUUCCUCUAAAUGAUCAGUAAACCUAUACCAGAUUAUUCAACAUCAUUUUCAAAGCUCUGAAGAACGGAAAUCUUAAAUACAAGAUAUUUUAUCCCUGAGAAAACUGGGCUUGGAUCAUAGAAAUUGAACACGAAAUGAGGGGAAACCCAGAGAGAUUAACAUUAAGCGGGAAUUGUAUUUAAUAUUUAAAACCAAGAAUUAUUGCUGAAAUUAAAUUCAAAAUGGAUUGCCAUGAAAAUACCUUGAGGCUCCUUCUUAUUCGAACUACAGUAGAACUUGGUUAUAACGUCAUCAAAGGGACCUAAAAAUAGUGUCGUUGUAAACGAAUGUCGUA